AUGGAGCGCAUCAUCCUGUCAACGUCUGCCAUGGAGGAAGAGCCGCAUCGUAAGCGAUCGCAACGUGUUCAGCUCAGCUGCACGCUUUGCCGCGUGGCGAAGUUAAGAUGUGACAGAGGCACGCCGUGCGAUCAAUGCCUGAAGCGUGGCAGAGAGCAGGACUGCUCGUACACUGAGCGUGGUUUCCGCUACAACGCCGCAAAACAUCGUGCGCACAUGCGGCAGAAGUUGGACCGCCUUGAGUCAUUCGUAGCCCAGCUUGAACCGUCCAAACUGUCCUAUGAGGUGACAGUACCCAACAAGGAUGGUGAGAACGACCGUAGGGCGGACGAUGUCAACAAUCUCCGUGAAGACUUGAGCCAGGCCACUGGCAGGCUAUGUCUUACCGACAAAGGCAGCACGAAGUAUGUGGGCCCUUCACAUUGGGAGUCCAUUAUAGAAGACAUUGCUGAGGUCAAGGCAUACUUCGAUUCUCAAGCAAGCCCUGGUGAACCACGAUUUGACUUCACUCCUACUCAAAUGACCACUAGUCCGACUUUAGCUGAUAUACCCUUCGGCCACUCCAAGACCUAUACACUUGACGAACUGCUCAACCUCCUUCCUACAAAGCCUUACUUGGAUGUUUCCGUUGCGACUUGGCUGAAUGCUCCCGAUACACUGCGCUUGAUUACACACCAGCCCACGUUCCAGGAAGAAUAUGUAGCGUUCUGGUCUGCGCCUGCGAUCACCUCGCCUGCCUGGCUCGCUCUUAUGCUUGCCGUUGCCACUGUGGGAUCGGAGAUCCGCCGACAAAAUGGCAAGGAAAGCGGCACGCUGAAUCAGGCGGAGCACUUGCGUAAGCUUACGACACAUGCUUUAGUACUUGCUGACUAUGCGAAGCCGCAGCUUCACAUCAUAGAGACUAUUCUGCUUCAUAUUAAGUAUCUCCUGAUCGUCGCAAACGACAUUACGUUUGAGUCGCAUAUGUUGUUAGGCAUGGUUACUAGGAUGUGCACACAAGGUGGAUACCACAAGGACCCACGGCACAAUCCAAAGAUAAACCCCCUGCUGGCCGAGAUGAGACGCCGGGUUUGGGCUGCGGUUAAAGCUUAUGAUAUCAAGAUGUGCUAUCAGCUCGGAAUGGUAUCUAUAAUCAAUUUCGUGCCUCAAGACACUGCGCCACUAUCCAACUACACCGAUGAGGAUCUUCUGCUGAGUCCUCUACCGUCACCACGUCCAAUGAGCGAUCAAACGACAGCCACAGUCUCCAUUGUGUACAACACCCUCUCAAGCAUAUACGGCGACGUCAUAUACUCCACGCAUGCCGUGCAUCAGCCCAACCAAAAUGAGGUCUCAGGACUCUAUGAUCGCUUGCAGUACGCUCGAGAGCAGCUGCCACCACAGUUGCAAUUCAAACCGCUGGGAGAAUCAUUCAUGGACGCGCCGGAUCUCCUCACGGGACGCUAUGGCAUGGAAAUGGCACACUUGAAGUCUGUGUGCAUCUUGUAUCAGCGCUUCAUGGGCGUGGCAGGCUACCAGUCCGAGCAAGAGCGCUGUGUGAAGGCUGCAGAAGGAGUCCUACGGCUGCAGAUUGAGCUCUUCAAGGCUGUACAGUCUGGCAUCUUCGAGGCUGCCCUGGUGUUCCUCAAGCAACACAUUCACGACUUCAACCUUGCAGCGAUGCUGUUAUGCUUACACGAGAAGCAUGUUCGCAGGAAGGGUUGCGGCGAAGCAGGUGCGAUCCAACUUGCCGAACUUAGGUCACUGAUCCUAGAGGGAUGUCACUUGUGGGAGGCUUUGGGCACAGAGUCAACAAAGGCUCGCAGCGCACGAACGGCAAUCCAGGACUUCUUGUCUUCGCUGCCAGUGAUAGCGCAUGGAGAAAAUGCCCCAGCGCUCAGGCAGAGCAACGGUGUCUUCAUGCCGACAACAGCUCUACAGGACCCCCCCAGCGAGCUUCAUGUCUCGCCCGGGAAUGCGAACCUAUUCCUUGCUGAGGCAAGCAUGAACGGAGUUAGUGAUGAUGCUUGGCAGCAAGACGCAUUCAUGCAGGAAUUAUUAGGACCCGGCUGGGGUAACGUGACUUACGGGAGCUCUAUCGGUUGGCCAGAACCAUCGGUGCAGCAGAUGUGUGACGAAGCAUUAGCACCAGAUACUCACAAUGGGUCAUACGGAUAA